AUGGCCACACCGAGGCUGCCAUUCCUGUAUCCGAAUUUGAUGCGCGCGGUGCGAUCAUGCGAACCGAGAACAUACCGCUCACUUAGAAUCCCAUACCGGCCCACUCAACGCUUCCAUACGAGCCAGCAACGGGAGCGCGAUUCCUAUCAGCGGCGAUAUGGUCCAGCUGUCGAACCGAGUACCGCUCCUUCAUUGCGUCCGAAGAAGGGCCCACAUGACCAGGUCCAGGAGGUGCCAGAGGGUCCAUCGGCUGGACACGAGGCUGUAAAUGCCUCCGAGCAGGAGGAAGCUUCGCCGGCAGAGUCACAGUCGGAACCUCCACCACAGGAAGCCGAGCAAGGCACCGCAGAUGUCGCUUCUUCGAGAACCCCAGCCCUAGAGCAACAAACUAAAGCCCAAGCCGAGUCCAGAGAAGACAACCCCCCUACGGACCGGGAACCGCACGAGGAGCAGACAAAGGACAUAGAUGGCGCCGAACAGGAACAGCCUCCCCCUUCUUCUUCGUCUCCUCCUUCCGAAAGCACCUCGGAAGGAAGUACAGAUAAAUCUUCGUUCACAGGCCAAACUCCGUUCGAGGAUGUCCUCCACAUGCCCUCGCCGUCUGUUUACCUAACCCCAACCGGGGAACCCUCCUCCAAAGAUCGCCCACCACAUUUGUCCCCAGCACCGUAUGUGCACCCUUUUGACACAUAUUCGUUGGUACAGGAUCUGUCAAAAGGAGGGUACAGCCAAGAGCAUUCUACUACAAUCAUGAAGGCCGUGCGGGCUAUCCUACAGAACAACCUGUCCCUGGCCAGAGAGAGCCUUACUUCCAAAUCCGAUGUCGAGAAUGAGGAAUAUUUGUUCAAAGCGGCCUGCUCUGAGCUUCAAUCAUCGCUCCAGACAGCUCGCAACUCGGAAAUACAGCAUCAGCGCUCAUCGCGCACACAAUUGCAGCACGAAACGGAUAUAAUCUCGCAGCGUCUCAGCCAGGAACUUGCAGGCAUGAAAGAUGACAUCAAGGGCAUGUUCAAUGAUCACAAGAUGACAACACGAGAGCAGCAGCGGAGUAUCGAUACCUCGGUUCAAGAAUUGAACUACAAGAUCACCGUGUCGCUGAACAGCGAUGGAAAGAGUGAGAUCGAAGGUCUUCGAUGGAUUUUGACCAGACGCGCUGCUUUGACGAUUGCCAUCUGUGCUUUCAUGAUCAUCGUCUUCUUGAAGUAUGCUUCCACGCGCAAAGUGCCCGAGCCCAAGCAAGUCAAGGAAGCCGAGAAGCCGCCCGUCAAAGAAACCACCACUGAAACCCGAGUCGUCCAAGAUGGUGCAAUUCAGGCAGCCGUUCCAUCCGCUGACGGACAUCUCGGCGAAUCCCUUGGUUGA